UGACAGACUUACUCUAUUUGAGCUAGACGUCUGAGUAGCUCCGGGGUUCGACUUUGAGCUGUACAGUGUAGAAGGUAUUUCUCUCUCUCUCUCUCAACAGAAUGAAGCUGCUGAAAUUCAUCUUAAUCAUCCACGUGAACUUUUUUUGUCAAGCUUUGAAAAAUGCAACCACUGAAAACGACCCGUCUGAUAUCCGUGUGAGUGGAAAGGGAAAUAACACAAAAAUCAGCAAUGACCCUUACGUCUACUCUCUUGGGAGAAAAUGCAAGUGGACACUCCGGUUGCCUAGGAACAGGAGCAGUGACAUAAUGGCGCUCACAAAUGACUCUGUGAAUGGGUUGUCUGAACAGAUCUGUCAGGAUCUUAAAUGCGGCAGCGUCCUUUCUAUUAAUAAAACCAGCUCACCAGGGAACAUCACCUGCUUUCAAAACUGUUCAUACCAACACGGACGUUUGGAGAACUGUUCACUGAGUGUUGGAAGUUCCUGCAGUGUGAUCCAUGAAGUGGUUUGUGCACACCAGCUUGUGCGACUGGCAGGAGGGACACACCGCUGUGGUGGGCGAGUGGAAGUAUGGAAAAAUGAGCAGUGGGGCACCGUGUGUGACGACCACUGGGACCUGAAUGAUGCUCAUGUGGUGUGCGCCCAGCUCGGCUGCGGUUACGCCCUCAAUGUGACGGGCCAGGCCGGCUUAUUUCCCCCGGGGAAAGGACCCAUCUACCUGGACGAUCUGAACUGUACGGGCAACGAGGAGAACCUGUGGAGCUGCCCGGCUACACGGGAGGAGGAUCAAGACUGUGGACACAAAGAGGACGCUGGUGUCGUGUGUUCAGAAAUGCGAGGCCUCAGACUGACUGGAGGUAUGGACCGCUGCUCUGGUAAACUGGAGGUGCAUCGUAACGGCAGCUGGUGGAUCGUGUGUAAUAACUGCUGGAAUGAGAAGAUGGCUUCCAUUGUGUGCUCCAUGCUGGGCUGUGGUGAUAAGGUGGAAAAGUACACCCAGUUUAAUCCUCCUCUCACCCACAACAACGGCACGCUGUUUUACUAUAAAUGCGAUCAGAAUAAGAGUCUGUGGGAGUGCAAGGAAUACAUAAAUCAUCGGUUCCUGUGUAAAGACUCAAAAGCUUCUGGUGUCAUUUGUGAAGGUUCUCUGGGGUUUCCUAACGCUACCACGGUUAAUCCAACUGUAACACCUCAAUGGACAACUGCCAAUGGAACCACAGCCGCUGUUGCUGCUGCAGAUUUGCCUUUUGCGUCUCUGCCGCUUCUCUCCACCAUCUCUCUGUCCAUCCUGCUCCUCGUGAUUGUCAUCACAAACACGGUGCUCUGCUGCCAUUACAGGAGAAAACACGCUUUCUUACUCCAGCAGACGCGCAGCAGCCCACGAGCUCCAUCUGGUCAAAGCAACAACUAUCACGAGGCUGUUAAUCUCAUCAAAGUCACCGCCAACCCGGCGGAGACUGAUGGUCAGUGGUCGAACAAUUCAACAUGUCGAACACUAACACAGCUUUUUUCUUUCUUUAACCCCGCAGGCAUAUCUAUCUAUCGAUUUAUCUAUUUAAUAGACAUGCACGGUAGUGAGGAAGUUGCAGAUUUCAUCUCAUCAAAUCGUUUAAUCUAUUUUGUGUGUUUGUCUCAAAAAGUCCCCUCCAAUCCCAGGCUUCUUUGGACCCAGCUUAGUAGUGCUGACAGCACGUCAGUAGAUACAGACUAUGAGCAGUAUGACCCAAGCAUUGACCCGUCUGUCAGUUUAUCCACCUUUCGGAAUUCUCAGCGAUACAGAACAGACGUUAAUCCUUUGAUGAGGCCUUCAGGUCUUGAGAGCCUUUGUGAAGAAGGUCCGCAGCCCUCAAAUACAAUGACAGGAGCCUUUCCAAGCUGUAACGGUGCCUCGACAUAUCCUCAGUACGCCAGAGUGUCAAAGAUCUCAGUGGACUCAUUUGAGUCGUCCAGCACCUCCUCCGGGGAAUGCUAUGAAAACUUGCCAAAAGAUUACGUCAAUGUGACGCCUGAUCCUCUACCAUUGGAGUCGUUUGUUGGUCCUUCUGAUGCUUCAAAAUUCUCAUAUGGUCCUCUUCACUCUGGACAAACCUCAAACAUGCAGAAUUCAGAUGAUGACGAACUCUACUCGCCUGUGAGCCCCGACUGAAACUUUGUGUCUGAGGAUGACUGCACAGCAAACCGAGGGUGUGGGAAAGUGUGAGAAGAAGAAGUCGUUUUCGUAAAGGAAAGACAUCCUGUAAGAUCAAGAAAAUGUAAGACGCUUACAGCGAUCAAUGCUGGGAUGUUCAAUGUGAUUGAUUAGCUUUUUAAAGCAAGUUUUAUUUUUGUACACAAAUGCAAAGCAAAGGCUGGAAGUCUGGAAGGCACAAAAUGAACAUGUGUUCUGUGAAUGUAGCAGAAGGAACUGUAAUAUAGAAACAGAUGACAAAUUAAAAAAGGAAACCCAAACUUCUCUAAUGCUGUUGGGGGGGUUUUGCUGCCAGUAUUUAAAUCCUUUUUUGCUCUUACACCGAAAUGCCACGGCACACUUAUCCUACAGUUAACCAUAUCCAUACCAGUUGUAAUGGUCUCUCCCUGUGACCUAUGAGCAUGAUCUCAUCCCUGUUGAACUCCUAUGGCAGAUGAUGGUUUGACAUGUUAGACAUUGCCUUUAAAAUAAUUAAAAAGCCAUAUUAGAUAAAAAAUAAAAUAAAAAUAAAGCCCUCCUACAGCAGCACAACACCACACUGAGACACUUUACUCUGGGUUUUCUUUGAAAUUGUCACCUGUCUGUGUCUGUUUUGUGUUGUUUAUUAAAAGAUUUGUAAUAUUACAAUGUAUUAAGUUAAUACAUGUUUGGCGCAUUUAUUUCUUUGGAUGUAGACACGAAAAUCUUCUGAGCACCAGCAUAAUUUCAACAACUGUUAUGAGCACAACAUAGCCAAAAAUAUGUGGACAUCCAAACAUUACCUAAAUAAUACGCUUGUAAAAAACCACAAACCUUAAUGUCUGUGAAGGUUCUCAGUCAUUCAGUUCAUCGUAGUCUAAGGAGCUUGGAAAGAAAAGCGUCUGGACUUGAAGAAGCUUCUCGGAUGAGAGGUGAAACGUCUUCAAGCAACUUAAAGAAGUCCAGACGCUUUUCUUUCCAAGCUCCUUAGACCACAGACCUUAAUGUGGACCUAUCAUGGGUUUCCUUAUUUUGUGCUAUAUACACUGAUACAAGGAGGAUAUUAAAUAUAGUUAAAUACUCUAUGCACAAGUGAGCCUUUAGAACAAAAUGCUUAUUUUCAGUUUUUCCUCUUCUUGGAUCUGCACAAUGUCAGUGACAAUGGAUAUUACUGAUAUGGUCAAUUCAGGCGAACAGGUCCAGCAGUUUGACGCUUCUGUUUGCUGGAGGCAGCCAAUCAGAAGAAGUAUGGCAGCUUGUUUCAACCAAAGCAAUCUCAGUAGGUUAGCCACUAAAGCUGGGCCAUAAAGCAAGGAAAUAAUAUUUAUGUGGCACUAAUUCUGUUUAUCCCGGUGUGUGAGGGUUAGGGGUUACAGCUAGAUAAGCUAUUCCACAUCUAACUGAAAACAUGAAUCACUCUGAAACAGGAAAAAGCUUAACUGAACUCCCACAAAGCUGCAGAACAAUUUCGUACAUUAAAGGGUCACAAGCUUUUGUCUGUCCACAUACUUUUGGCUACUCACGUGCUAUUGUUUGCCACUCAUCUUCUAUGUAAACAGUGUAUUCAAUAUUAAGAUCAACCACAAGGUGGCACUACAGGCUUGUAAGUAACUUGUUUAAUUAAUGUCUUGUCCUGUAAAUUACUUAAAAAACGUAUUAAAGUAUAAAAUGUUUUCUAAAUCAAAAACGUCCAGGCUGCUGCUCUUUGUGACAAAAACCUGACAAACAUCUAUUGGUGCUCUUUGAGGGAGAUAGGGGGAACUCUGGCUCCUGAUGGGGCCAACGUAAACUAUCAGCGUGAUUUGAAACCAGACCUGGAAGGCUUGUUUUUUGGGGGUUGUGGUUGAUUAUAGCUGCUGCAGCUGCAGAGCAUCAACGCUUCCUGUGAUGCCCUGAAUCAAAGUUAUGUCUUGUUUUGAAGAACGUUAAUAUGACAAACUGCCUCACAGCACAGUAAAGUUUUAAUAGGGGGGUGACGGUGUUGAAUACAGGGAUAAACAUGGAUCGGCUAACGUGAGAAGUGGGAGGUGUGAUGCAUUCGACUGAUAACAGCAGAAAUGGGGUGUUUUUCAACUGGAAGGUAUUUGGCAAAUAGGAGGAGGGCGAGCUUGUGUGUGUGUGCGUGUGUGUAUUAGGGUGUGGGAAGGAGGGAUGAUGAGGAGAAAAGGAGGAGGUGGACGGAGAAGUCGGCAAAGAUAAAAAGUGUCUGGAAGAAUCAUAUAUUGCACUCAAAUUUAGUCCAGAGCCUCGCGUGGAGAUAAGCAGGCGAAUUAACGACCAGAUCUCCUUAUGAAACUCAAUCUGUUUCACAUGCCAGAGAAUUGAGCGCACACACCAACCCACACACCACUCAACACGGAUUCCAUGUAAAACUAUGCAGCCUGAUAUAUCACAGAUCCUCCUUAAGCGCUUUGCUUUUGUUUUAUUCAGCUCUGAAAGAUUGAUAAGCCAGAAUCUGAAAAUCUGAGGAUUUACAGUCCUGAUUAACAUCAAGGGAAAGAAAAGUAGUUCACUAGUAUUUCAAGUAGCUUGUAGCAUUUGCAGGGAUUACAAGAUCAACCCUCUGUUUUUACUUUGUUCAUUAAAUCAGUUACACACAAAGGAUUACGGCUCCAUACGUCUCUAAGUUGCUUAAAGUGUCCCGACUGCAGAUCCUGCCCGAGUUUAAACUUUUGAACUCUGGUUGGUGCUGCAGGCCUGCAGACGACCUGAGACAGUACCUGGCUGCAAACGAUAUCGAGAGCAUGCAUGAAAUUACCGCUGCAGCUUGUGUUUGAGGUGGUUUUGAAUGUUUGUUGUCCUCCAGGAAAAUUUUAUAUGAAGAUUAGAAGAAUAAAAAAAGCCUGGCUCAGGAGAUUUUAGGGGCUUUUAAAUGGGGAAAUGACACUUAAAGCUAUUAGCAAUCCUAUUAAUAUUUAUUAAAGUAGUUUUUCAGAUUAGCCGUGGCUUUCAGUCAUAGAGUGCUAAAGGAGUGAAUCCUAAGACCCAGAAAUUAGCACUUUGUACUUCCAGUUUCAGUUAGUUUAAUGUUUUUAAAUGAGUUUUUGGUUAGAUGCUUCAAAUAAGUACUGUACUUAAAAAUAGCUUUAGUCAUACAUUCUGUAGCAUAAAAUAUGUAAGUAAAUACCUCACACACAAAUUAUGCAGCUGUAUGUGUCACAGGUAAGUACUCUGGUAGAAAGUGGCUAAAUGUAACUUUCAGUAUCAUCACAGCGAACUCAGAAGCCUGUUAGUGAAGCUGCUAAAGUCUUGCAGUGAUGUCCUUUGUUUACAGGACAGCCAGGGUUCUCAAAGUGGGGCCUGCGGGCCAGCGGUAGCCCCUGGUAACAUUUUACCUCCCUUCAGUGUGUUGAGGUAUGUUAUGUUCUGGCACAGCAGUGGAGAACGAGACUACGGGACUAAACUUUCCCAGUUUGAACAAAAACAGCUGUUUUUCUUCACUACCACUUUAAAGACUAUAAACCACAAAAAUGAUAACGACAAACCACCAACAUCAAGUAAAGAGUCUAUUUGCACCAGCCAGAAGUUUUUCUACAUGAUGGAUUUUUCUCCUUUGAGGCCCCUCAAAGUCAUGUUGACCCCUUAAAUUGGCACUCAAGCCAUUAACACUUUGAACCCAGGGGAGCUCUGUCUCCAUGUGUCAGCUCAGUCAUGGGAGGUCAUCUGAAAGGAUGAAACAUGAUUUUCAGAAGCAGUAUGAGUAAACUACAUGUGGUUUACUACAUAUUAUUAUUAGUGUUUUUUUUAAUCGCUUAUUUUGAAUUUGAUGGUACCGACACUUCUCGAAGCUGGAAAAGUUAGUGACACUAAAAACAAACAGCUGGAGAGACAAUUUUCAGCUGGGUUAAUCAGCAGGAGGUCAGUAACAGGAGUGGGUAACCAUGUCAACAAUUCUAGAAUAAUGUUCCUCAACAAACAAAUUCUGAAGUCUUUGAAUUCCUCGUCAUUUACAGUGUAUAAUGUCAAAAGAUUCAGGGAAUCUGGAGAAAUUUUCAGGUAGAAGGUUGAAUGUCCGUGUACGAGCUGUCAAAUGGCACUGCAUUAAAAACCAGUGACGAUUCUGUCAUGGAAAUCACAACAUGGGCUCAGGAGCACUUGAAGAAAUCAUUGUCUGUUUGACAGUGUGGGGCGUGUAAGGAAUAAGCUAGCCGCCCAAACAACCAAGAAAGCAGUACAACCUUA